AUGGCGUCUUCUUUUCAUAAAGCUAAUCUGUCUGACCCCUGCUACAACUACACUGUGCUGGACAAUCCAUGGAGAGCCACCAGUAAUACACAUGAUUCAGUCAGGAGUGACACCUCAGUCUCCUGGAGCGGCUGGUAUCGUCUCUUCAUUAAUGGUCUGAGCACUCACGUCCCAGACACAUGUGUUGCACGUGGUAGCUGUGAUGUUAGCAGCUUUAACAGCAGCUCUACAACCAUCCCACCAGAAACCAUCUCAACUGCUUACCCCACUGUUGACCCCUGCUACAACUACACUGUGCUGGACGAUCCAUGGAGAGCCAACAGCAGUCAGCUAUCAAACUCCCAAAAGUGUGACCAGUCAGUCACCUGGAGAGGCUGGUAUCGUCUCUUUAUUAACGGUCUGAGCGCUCACAUCCCAGACACAUGUGUUGCUCAGUACAGCUGUAUAAAUAUAACGCUGCAGGAAGGAUGCACUGAACAGACUACUCUAGAAUGUCUUCAAAAUCUUCUUGAGCAGAUCGAGAACAUCACAGUUCAAGAGCUUCCUGUGAAUACUGUGAUGGACAUUUUGAAUAUGGUCUUCAACACUGUAGAGAAGAUUUUAGAGUCAUUAUCAUCAGCAAGCCCAGCUGAACUAGCCUCCUAUGGAAACCGUGUGUUACAAACCAGUGAGAAACUCAUCUCUACAUUAGUGAAGCCGACAGACACAAAUGACAGUGUCAGUUUUACUCUCGCUGCUCUAGAGGUAGAAAUCUUCAUGGUUGGACCAAAUGUCACCUUAAAGAAAAUCCCUCGACUUGAAACAACAAAUUCCUCUGUGGACAUCGAUCUCAUUGGAAUCGCCAAGAACAACAAUUUAACAACUGCUGUGGGUUUCGUGAGCUAUGUCACGAUGGAGAAUCUACUGAAGCCAGACUUCUUCAACACAUCAAAUGACACGAUUAAAACCAUGAUGUCCACUGUGAUCUCAGCUACUCUUCCCAAAACCACCAACACUAAACUCACCAAACCAGUCAACUUCACCUUCAGACACAUCAGAGAGUUUGAUCCCAACGGUUCUCUGUCCUGUGUGUACUGGAAUAUCAGCGAGUGGAUUGUAGAUGGUUGUUCUGUUUUAGAGACCAACAGCAGCCACACUGUGUGUUCAUGUGUUCAUCUGUCCACAAUCGCUCUCAUCAUGCAAACCAGCCGCCCACCAGAGAGUGACCCACUGCUGGAUCUGUUGAAUUUGGUGUGUGUGAUCGUGGGGCUGGUGUUCUUCAGUUUGGCCCUGUUGACCUUUGCCCUUUGUCAGUGGAGCCCUGGAGUGAAUAAUGUGGCUCGAAUCAACAUCUGCAUCAGUCUUCUGCUGGCUCACCUUCUGUUCCUGCUCACACAGCAGUUCUUGAAUCUCAUACAGCGUCAGAAGGUGCUGUGUGCCGUGAUCGCAGGCCUUCUGCACUUCCUCUUUCUCUCCGGCUUUGUGUGGAUGUUCAUUGAAGCUGUGCUGCUCUUCAUCUGUGUGAAGAACCUAUCACAGAUCAGCUCCAAGAAGAGGGAGGUGCUUAGCAGUGGAUUCCUGUGUGUGAUUGGAUAUGUGGUUGCUCUGGUUGUGGUGUGUGUGUCUGUCGGUCUGGUUCCUGAAGGCUACGGCAGCGAACACUGCUGGAUUAAAACAGAUAAAGGCUUCAUCUGGAGUUUUCUGGGACCUGUUUGCAUCAUACUUGCAUUAAACGUGAUACUCUUUAUCUGCAUCAUCAUCUGUCUGAACUUAUCUCUCACAAAACUGAACGCUGAUGUUUCGCAGUUGAAAAAAAACAAGACAAUGGCAUUUAAAACUCUGGGUCAGUGUGUGGUUCUUGGUUGCCCCUGGAUUCUGGGUUUCUUCAUUAAUGGCAGUGAGGUGCUGGAGAUCAUCUUCGUGAUCUUGAACUCCCAGCAGGGAACCUUCAUCUUCCUGAUCUACUGUGUCCUCAAUAAUGAGGUCAGGCAGCAGUACAGGAAGUUCUUCAGACGACUUUUCUGUGGACACAAAAAACACUGAGAACUACAGCAUUGUGUUCAGGAAAUUAGUGAAGUGCCAUUAUUAUAAAAGUGAUUCAUCAUUAUUC